AUGAAAAUACCUACAAUGUUGAGUAAUUUCGCGAUAGAAUUUGUUACAGAACUUUUUUUAGAUGAUAAUGUUUCAACGAUGAAUAGGAUUAUCGUUGCUACAGCUAAUGUUGUGAAUGAAAAUUUUGAUAAUGUAUCGUGUUUUAAUGAAGCCAUUUUAAAAGAACAGAACCAAACCUUGCCUUCAGUGGGUGGACGAUUUGUAAAAAAUGUAUGUGAUACGCGCGAAAGUGGGAACUUUUAUGAAAAAAUUGUAAAAUUUUUUUCAGAAAAUGAAUACAUUGAGAAAUUUAAAAUGAGUAAAGCUACUGUACAGGCUCUUAUUAUGCUUCUAAAAGAAUAUGUAAGGCCGAGCAGCUCUGUCGUGCCGUUUGAUAAAAAAGUCCAUGUGUUUUUAUGGCUAUUAGUAAGUGAUUAUUCGUUUAAAGAAACUGGAGAGAAGUUUGGUUUGCACAAAUCUUCUGUGAGUUAUAUUUUUCACGAGAUUGCAAAUUUAUUAUCAGAGCAGAGAUAUCAGUUUAUAAAUUGGCCCUCUUUGGAGGAACAACACAUGACAAGAGUAAAAGUUAAUAGCCGUUAUGGAUUUCCAAACUGUGUAGGUUUCAUAGAUGCAUGUAAGCUAAGAGUUGGAUCAAAAAGGAAAACGAAAGAUAAACCUGAAUUCAUAAUUUUACAAGCAGUUUGCGAUGAGACACUAAUGUUUACUGACAUUCAUGUAGGAGAAAUUGGAAACACGCGAAAAGGUAAAGUUUUCAAAGAAAGUCAACUAUCACAUGAACUUAAGAACUUUUUAGACUUUGAUAAUCAUAUUCUUGGAGAUUAUGAAUAUAAAUUGAGAAGGAAUCUACUAACCCCAUUUACUAGUGAUGUACUUUUAACAAGUGAAGAAAUGAAGUUCAAUGAAGUACAUUGGAAGGCCCAUUCAUAUAUUAAUCAAGCUUUUGAUAUUUUAAGAAGUAGAUUUAAGAAAUUAAAUCAUAUCGAUAUAAAUAAGCCACAAGCUAUUAAUACAUUGAUAUGUGCGGCUUGUGUACUCCAUAAUUUUAUUCUUCUUCAUGAAGGUAGUCCUGUUAAAGAAGAGGCUAUAUUAAGUGACGAUGGACUCACUAUUGAUACAAAUGUUGUGACAACAGCAGCUGAAAAACGUCAGUUUCUAUGUAGCUAUAUCAAUUUUAUGCAAAAUUCCAAUAUAUAAUUAUGUGAAAUUUUCA